AUCUCGGCUUCGGCAGAGGUGCUUCAGGAGAGCUGAGGAGGUACCCUGUCGUUUUCCGGCGGCCAAAGCUUCAGUUUGUAAUAUUUCUUCAUGAUUUUAGGUUGUUUGAUCGGCGGGUCAUAUGGAUAGACACUCUUGCUUAGCCAUGGUAGCCGAGAGAGUUGAGUUUUCGGAUUCUCCGGUGACCGUACGAGCUCCGGUGAAGUUCUCCGAGCACUGGGUCGCUAGUAAGAAGAAGCAGGUUCGAGAGAUCGGUGAGUCUCCGGCGAGGAUCCGGCGGAAAGUCAGGAUUGUGGUUACUGACGGCGAUGCUACGGAUUCUUCUGAUGAUGAAGAGGAGAGGGUUGGGAGGAGAGUGAAGAGAUACGUGACGGAGAUCAGCCUCGUUCCUCCGGCUAUGCCGGCGGCGAGGAUGGAGGCGGGUUCUCCGGUUCAGGUUGGGAAGAAGAGAGGGUUGGAUCAUGGGGUGUUGUCGUCACCGCCGGAAGGUGAUGUUAGCAGCCGGAAGAAGUUUAGAGGCGUGCGUCAGCGGCCGUGGGGGCGUUGGGCGGCUGAGAUACGCGACCCGACCCGCGGGAAACGGGUCUGGCUCGGAACCUUCGACACGCCGGAAGAAGCUGCCGCCGUGUACGACAAGGCGGCUGUGUUGCUGAAAGGAGCUGACGCCGUUACGAAUUUCCCGAAAGUAACGGUACCGGAGACGGCCGUUGAGGGUCCAAAGGACGUCGUCGACGCUGCUCUGUCGCCCACGUCAGUUUUCCGUUUCGACGACGUGACGCCGUCCAACAGCCAACCAAGUAUCGACGUCAGCACAAACGACACCUCGGCGAAGAGCGACGUCAGCACAAACGAUAUCCCGGAGAGCAGCGACGUCAGCGCAAACGACGCCGCUUUGUCCCCGACAUCAGUCCUCCGUUUCGACGGUUUCACGGCGUUUGACAACCUUCCGCUUGUAGACUUAGAUUCCUUCGGGUUCGACUUUGACUUCUCAUUCCAUUCGCCGGGGUUCGACAAACACAUCGCCGAUGAAUUCGGCGAGUUCAACUUUGACGAUUUCGCCCUCGAAGUCAGAUAAAGCGGAUUCCGUUAUUUUGAAAAGAAACCAUGGGCUCAUUAGUAAUUUGCGCCAUUUCGCGGGAAAUGUAACGUGACGUGGCAUAUUAGGCGGGAAAUACGUAGUGUGUAUAGUCAUCACGAGUAUAGUAGUUGUUGUCGGCUUGUCCUACGCAGAUUUUGUGAGAGAUAUAUAUAUAUAUAUAUUCUUAAAUCUUUUGUAUUUUUA